CCUUAUAGCUUUGCGAGAUUUAGCGAGAUAAUAAUAUGAAAACGUCAGCACGUCUUUGCUUGAUUGAGUGCAUCAAAACUUCGGCGAAUUAAGACGUAGAUUCUCCGUGUUUUUCGAUCCUAAACUUUAUCUUUGCACUCGUAAGUAUGUUAAGUCUUUCACAGAUGCUGUCCUAGCAUCAGUUGUAAAGUUAUAACUCGCGUAAGAUUAGCAGUAAAACUGCGUAAUUGCCAGGCGAAGUAGUAAAGUCAAGAUGUCCGACGACGACUUGGAUCUGCCUUUUUACGACGAUUACUUUGGGCCCAACAAACCUCUUGCUCUGAGUGACAUCGAUACAGCCUCCAUCAACAGUAUAGAUUCAGCAGCAUCUGACAGCAAUCUGGUCAGACAUCGUGGAGUCCGGAGCAGAGUUGACGAGGCACGACGACUCUGGAAGUUCAACUACCAGGAGGCAUCCAUAUAUCUACAGGAAGGAGGAAACAAUGACAAGUUUGACACCCAUCCCCACAGUCACAAGGCCCUGCCUGCCUAUCUACUGGUACAUCAGACCUGGUUUUACGUCAUGGACCUGGCUGUCUCCCUACUUCUGCUCGGUUUAGCCUUGUUUGAGCCCCCUGCUUUUUACACAAUCAACAUUGCAAUUCAUGGAUCGCUAGAACUCUUUGCCCUGGUACUACUGGGAGUAGAACUAGGUCUGAAGAUGAGGUGGUUGGGGCCCAAGGCUUUUAUCACCCAUAAGAGAACCCUGAUAAAGACAGUGACACUGGUGGUGAUGUUUGCUGAAGCCAUCAUCGUACUGAUACGUCAGAAGAGCCAUAUACGUGUCACACGUGCUCUCCGCCCGAUAUUCCUCAUCGACUCACACUACUGUGGAGGGGUCAGAAGAACGUUGCGUCAGAUAUUGCAGUCCCUCCCACCUAUUGUGGACAUGCUGGUGCUUCUGCUGUUCUUCAUGCUCAUCUUUGCUAUACUUGGAUUCUACUUCUUUUCCCAGAACCCAGAUGACCCUUACUUUCAUACCCUGGAAGACUCUUUUAUCAACCUAUUUGUGCUCCUGACAACAGCAAACUACCCUGAUGUGAUGAUGCCUGCAUAUAAACAGUCCCGCUGGUCCAGCAUGUUCUUCAUCCUCUACCUGUCACUGGUGCUGUACUUCCUCAUGAAUCUGUUGCUGGCCGUGGUGUACGACACGUUCCUGAGUAUAGAGAAGAGUAAGUUCUGUAAGCUGUUUCUACAUAAACGAGAGGCAGCAGAGCGGGCCUUCAGGCUACUGGUUAGCCGACGGAACCCCAGUUUUGUGAGCUGGACUCACUUCCAGGGGUUAAUGACCCACUACCGACCCGGCAAGAGUGAGAGGGAUGUGUACCUGUCAUUCAAGUCUAUCAACACGAGUGGGGAUGGGAAACUAAGCCUGGAAGAAUUCUACCGUGUCUAUGAAGGAGCAAGGUUCAGCUGGAAGCAUGAGUCAGCUGGGGCUUGGUUUGAGGUUUGGAAGCUUCCCACUCCACUUUUCUUUGUUGCAAAAGGAACCUAUAAGCUGGUGACACACAAAUUCUUUGAGUACUUCAUUUACCUGGUGAUCAGUGUCAAUGGGUGCUGGAUUCUAGCUGACACCAUCAUCAUUUCUAAUGAUGACAGUAAAACUGCUGCUGACCUGGAGGUGACCUGGAAUGCCAUUCUGUUUGUCACAAUAUAUGUUGUGGAGGCUUUGCUGAAGAUUAUUGGCCUUGGAGCUUGGACAUAUUUCCAGUCAGGAUGGAAUGUGUUUGACUUUCUGGUGACAGUAGCGGGGAUUGUGGGAACCCUGGGACAGAACUUUGAAACAGGAGGUGACCUGGACCUGACCUUUCAUUACAUCCUGGUGCUUAGACCACUCAGGCUGCUCAGGUUGUUCAAGGUUAAGAAAAGGUACAGAGAUGUUCUGGGGACGUUCUUCGCGCUCCUUCCCAGGAUGGUCAGUGUUGCAGUUGCCCUUCUCAUCUUUUACUUCUUCUUCUCCAUCAUUGGGAUGGAGGCUUUCCAUGGCCUACCCCUGGCAGACUGCUGCAAUGGCACAAGUCUAGCAGACUACUACAGAAAUGCCUCCAAUAGUCCACAGUUCUAUCUCAACAACUUUGACGACAUCCUCCGCAGUGGAGUGACACUCUUUGAGCUGACAGUGGUCAACAACUGGUAUAUCAUAAUGAAUGGCCAUGUUGCCGUGACAACCAAGUGGACGUACCUUUACUUCAUGUUGUUCUACAUUGUUACCAUGGUUGUGUUGACCAUCAUCGUGGCCUUUAUCCUGGAGGCCUUCCUCUUCAGGAUACAGUGGGAGAGGAAGAUGGAUGAGAGCAUUGAUGAUGAUAGAAUCGAGGUUGCAGUAAGCAUCAGUCGUGAUGAGUUUGAGACCCACUUCCCCCAACCCUGGAUACAACAGGACACUAUCACACUAGCAGACAGUCUACAGACAACGGACACAGUACGCUUCCGAGGUGUCCGCAUGAGAACCAGAGAUGACCUCAGCACACAGAUGUAUAGAGAUGAAGUGAAGGACUGGUUAAGAGAAGAGGCAGAACGACAUGAGAUGGAGCUAAGAAGAAGUGACCUGGAGGCUGAGUCUGAGAACAGGGAAGGCAGAUCCAACACUGUUUAGGUGGACUUGCUGGAUCAACAUCUUUGGCAACAUUUCAAAUACUAGUAGUACAUGACUUUGUAUAUGUAUAUGUAUACAGUUGUGUGUGGAAUUUUAAGUAUAUUUCUUUGUCUCUACCACCCCCCACCCCCAUCCCUGGUUUACAUAUAAGCAAAUGCAUAAUUGCAGAAGGUUACCCUAGAAGAUAUGCAGGUACAUUUAUUAUAGCUGGCCAAAAUGAACAAAAAAUUACCAAA